GCCCGCAUGCGUGGAUCACGUAACCACAUCAGUCACCCACGUGGGCGCAAAGCGUGCUCCAUUCUUUGUGUUCGGGUAAGGAGGUGCCACGCUCCGACCCAAGCAGGCAACACGGUAAAAGUACUGUUUCGGUGGGCGACGUGGUACUGGUUCCGAAGGGCGUUCGUUACAGGGAUGCCAAAGCGUGGGAAAAAGGGAGCGGCGGCAGAAGAUGGGGAAGAGCCCAAAACUGAGCCAGAGUCCAAGAAGAGUAAGGUAGGAGCAAAAAAAAAAGAAAAAGAGACAGCAGGAGAGGGCCCAGUCCUGUAUGAAGACCCUCCAGAUAAGAAAACCUCACCCAGUGGCAAAUCUGCCACACUCAAGAUCUGCUCUUGGAAUGUUGAUGGGCUUCGAGCCUGGAUUAAGAAGAAAGGUUUAGAUUGGGUAAAGGAAGAAGCCCCAGAUAUCCUGUGCCUCCAAGAGACCAAAUGUUCAGAGAAUAAACUACCACCUGAACUUCAAGAGCUGCCUGGAUUAUCCCAUCAGUACUGGGCAGCUCCUUCGGACAAGGAAGGAUACAGUGGUGUGGGUCUACUUUCCCGCCAGUGCCCCAUCAAAGUCUCUUAUGGCAUCGGUGAGGAGGAACAUGAUCAGGAAGGCCGGGUAAUUGUGGCUGAAUUUGACAAGUUUGUGCUGGUAACAGCCUAUGUACCUAAUGCUGGCCGGGGUCUGGUAAGGCUGGAGUACCGCCAGCGCUGGGAUGAAGCCUUUCGCCAAUUCCUGAAGGGCUUGGCUUCCCGCAAGCCCCUUGUGCUAUGUGGGGACCUCAAUGUGGCUCAUGAAGAAAUUGACCUUCGUAACCCCAAAGGAAACAAAAAAAAUGCUGGCUUCACUCCACAGGAGCGCCAAGGCUUUGGAGAAUUGCUGCAGGCUGUGCCACUGGCUGACAGUUUCCGCCACUUGUACCCCAACACUGAAUAUGCCUAUACCUUUUGGACUUACAUGAUGAAUGCUCGGUCCAAGAACGUUGGUUGGCGCCUUGAUUACUUUUUGUUGUCCCACUCUCUUUUACCUGCAUUGUGUGACAGCAAGAUUCGCUCCAAGGCCCUUGGCAGUGAUCACUGUCCCAUCACCCUAUACCUAGCACUGUGAUACCCUCUUAGAAUAAUUUUGAGCCUUGGAAAUAGCUUCCCUUACCCUCAAUGUUCCUUCUUUAGUACCUUGCUAGAGAAAUCUGCAUUUUAUUUCUCUUCUGUAAGAAUGAAUCCUUAAAUGAAGCUAUUGUUACUAAG